ACCACUCGCGCAUCUCGUCGCGUCUCCGGACUCCCACUCCCGGUCUCCUUCGCGGCUGCCUUCUAGGAAUGUGCUGAUCCUCUCACCCCGAGGCGCACAUGGAGCUACCCGAGCCGCUGUGGGUGAACAGGAGCUGCGCCAGCGGCUCCCUGUUCACUUUGGCUUGCCUGAAUCAUCAUGCUGUUUGCCAAAUCAUUAAGAAUGUCAGUUCUCCAGUUUCACCCCAUACAAAUCUUACUUUAAACUCCAACUGGAUGGUACAAGUUGAAGACAAAUAUGGGUUUUACAUCGGCUUGGCCUUGGCCAUCUUUUCAAGCUUUCUCAUUGGCACUAGUGUCAUCCUCAAAAAGAAAGGACUGUGUCGGUUGGUGGAGAAAGGAGGCACCAGGGCUGGAGAUGGAGGUCAUGGCUAUCUAAGAGACUGGUUGUGGUGGGCUGGUUUACUAACCAUGGGUGGAGGAGAGGCCGCCAACUUUGCCGCAUAUGCCUUUGCAGCUGCAACAAUUGUCACACCACUUGGGGCGCUGAGUGUGCUCAUAAGUGCCAUUUUGUCCUCUUAUUUGCUUGGAGAACAGCUGAACUUACUGGGCAAACUGGGCUGCAUGCUGAGCAUUGUGGGUAGUACCGUUCUUGUGAUUCAUGCUCCAGAAGAAGAGGAAAUCACCACAUUGGGAGAAAUGUUUUCAAAACUGAAGGAACCAGGUUUUCUUGUUUAUGCCAGCAUCCUUUUGGUUAUCAGCCUAGUUCUGAUCUUUUUUGUAGCACCACGUUAUGGCCAGACCAAUCUUCUCAUCUACCUCUCCAUCUGUUCUGUGAUUGGGGCUUUCUCCGUCUCUUCUGUCAAAGGGCUGGGCAUUGCCAUCAAGGGUUUUUUCACUCACCAGCCUGUUCUACAAGACCCAUUGACCUGGAUUCUUGUCUUCACACUGGUGGUUUCUAUUACUACUCAGAUCAACUACCUCAAUAAAGCUCUGGACAUCUUCAAUACCUCUAUGGUCUUUCCCAUUUACUAUGUGCUGUUCACCACUAUUGUCAUCACAACUUCAGUUAUCCUUUUUAAAGAGUGGAUCGCCAUGUCUGUAGUAGACAUUAUUGGGACAGUAUGUGGAUUUCUUACCAUUAUUUUAGGAGUGUUUUUACUCCAUGCCUUCAAAGAUAUGGAUGUCAGUUUGAAGAAUCUGCCACAACCUUUCCAAACAUCUAACGAGACACCAGCAAUUAAGGAUGACAAGAACAUUUUAAUAGAGCUGGAUAAUCCAGACACCAAGGCUCAUAACAAACCCAAAGUAUUCAUGAUCUUCAGUUGAAACCUAAUUUAAUAUUUCUAUUUCUUUGGGGAAUGGGACCAAACAGUAUGCAAACAUGCAUGUACAGUAAGUGCAAGAGUUUAAAUGAAGCAUCACCAUAUAUGCCUUUCGAAAACAGCAACCAACUUCAACACAGCUUGCUACCUCCACAUUUCUGCUUAGUGAUCCUCCUCUUUUCAUCUUUGGUAAUGGCACUGUAUUUUG